UUGGAUGUUGAACAAGUUAAUAGGUUAUACUCCUAGAAAACAUGUCGUCAUCUGAGAAUCCUCAUCACAUCAAAAUGAUUCUAUUUUUCCUAAAAAAAAAAGUAAAGAAACUGAUUCAAUUUAUGAUACAGAAGUAAAAAAUAAUUAUAAAAAAAAAAAAUCAGAUGUUGGGUCUCUUGUAUUGCUCCCAUAUCUCAUACAAACAUAGCUCUCUCUCUAUUAUUUUAUUUUACUUUUUAUUUUUAGACUGCGCUAGAAGAAUACUCUUUCAUCACUUUGUUUUCACUUCAGUGACUUCACGUUUGAUCCAUUAAUGAGAAAUUUGCAGUACCAACAAGUUAUCACACCUCAAUCGAGGCGUUCCAUGGCAGAAAAGCAUAGUUUAAAUGCGAAACUGUACGAUGCUCUGGGGAAAGAAGAUGCGACGACAGUGAAACAACUCUGUGAAGAUCUUGAUGAGCACGGAUUGCACAUAUUGACCAUAAACGACGACACAGUGCUCCAAGCGGCCACUUUUGCCAAAAUGCCCGACUUGGUACUGGGACUCCUAGAAGACUUACCUGACCGCCAUUUCGAUAAACUGACCAGGCAAAACCACGUCGGAAACACAAUCCUCCACGAGGCAGCCAUAUCCAACCAAUCGCUUGAAGUGGCAAAGAAACUGUUACAGAAAGCUCCAGGAUUGUUGUGCAUGCGUAAUCACCUUGGAGAGUCGGCGCUUUUUCGGACAGCUCGUUAUGGCAAGCGGAAGAUGUUCAACUUUCUUGCAGGAAAAAUUUCAGGUUAUGAUGAAGAAAAUCAGAAACUCUUCCUCCGGAGGACAGAUAAAACCACUAUUCUACACAUGGCCAUCCUUGCACACCACUUUGAGUUGGCCUUGGAAAUUGGAAAUAAGUUCGAACAAUUAGUUCGCGAACAAGAUGGUGAUGGGAUGACAGCCCUUCAGCUUUUAUCAUGCAACCCUGGAGCUUUUCAACAUGAUGAUGGAAGGGGAUUACUUGAGCAAAUCGUCAAUACUGCAGCUAGAAAACAAGAGCAAAGAUAUCAAUCAGCUUUGCGGCUUGCCAAGUUCCUAAUAGAAAGGGAUACUUCAUGGGAGACUACUUAUCCUCCAUCGGGCCAGACUAAGCCUAUCCUCCACAAGUAUCGUGACAGUUCCAUGAGUUCUCAAGCUGCAGAAGAUGGCGCAACAAAAAAACUGAAAGGGGAAACAAAAAUUCCUUUGUUCCUUGCAACUAAGUCGGGCUAUGUGGAGAUUGUUCAAGAAAUAAUCAAAUUAUACCCACAAUCAGUUGAGCAUGUUGAUGAUAAAGGACGGAACAUAUUGCAUAUAGCAAUUAAGUACCGCCAAUUAAAGAUUUUCGAGCUUGUAACGAAAAUGGGGUUACCAUUGAGUAGACUGGAACGAAAACUUGACCUUGAUGGGAAUUCCAUACUACAUACAGUUGGGAAAAAAAUUAAGGAUUAUGUGCCUGAGAAGAUGCAAGGCCCAGCACUCGAACUGCAAGAGGAGUUGCAUUGGUUUGAGCGUGUGAAGAAAGUUACACCAUCCCAUUUCAUUGCCCACCGUAACAAUCAACGGCUUACUGCAGAGGGAUUGUUCCAAAAAACAAACAACGUACUCCGGCAGAAAGCUGUAGAAUGGAUAAAGCGCACCUCCGAAGGAUGUUCCAUUAUGGCAGUUCUCAUUGCCACUGUUGCCUUUGCUGCAGCCUAUACAGUACCUGGAGGAACCGAUGAAGAUACCGGUUACCCAGUUCUCGUCCAUCAUCCAUUCUUUGCGGUUUUCACCGUGGCAGACGUACUAUCAAUUUCAUUUGCUUUGACAUCAGUGGUUGUAUUUCUCGCUAUCACCACAUCACCAUUUCGAUUAGUGGACUUUAGCCAUUCUCUUCCUAAUAAGUUGAGGCGAGGCUUAACUUUGUUGUUUCUCUCCGUCUUCAUGAUGAUGAUAGCGCUUGGAGCUACAAUCCUCCUCAUGAUACAUAAGGGGGAAGAUUGGACAAAAACUAUCCUAUAUGCCGUCGCUUUCAUGCCAGUCGGGCUCUUUGCACUUUCAUAUUUCCCUCUCUAUCUCUCACUAUCAAAAACCUUUGAGAACUUUCGCGAGAAGGCAUGGCGUGUAAUUUCGCUAUCUAGGCCUAGGGAGACCAAUUUCUACACUCGAACCUCUAAUCCCUCAAACCAUCAAUCUACCAUGUCCGUUUGAGAGUGCUAUGAUGAUAGGCUUUUGGAAUCACUUGUUGCCGAUAAGAAUUUCCUAUUAGACAAAAGUGCCAUAGCUUUAGCUUCUUCUCUUCUUCUUCUUCUUCUUCU